AUGCGCUCCGUCACAGCGCUGAGCGGGCUCCUGUGCCUCGCUCUCGCCAGCACGGGCACUGCUCAAGAAGGAGCCAAGGACGGCUGCCCCAAGGACGAGAUCGCAUGCCACGACAUCAUCAACGGCAGCCAGUGCCUGGAGCAGCUGAUCAUCGAGCACAACGCGCCGCUCACCAAGGAAGCCAUGAUCAAGUGUGUCGUGCACGAAGGCACCGCGAGCAGCCUGCCGGGGGGGACAAAGGUGUGUACACGUUGGGCCGUUGAUUACUGA